AUGCUUCCUCAGCGAAUGAAGAAAGCCGUUACUGAUAACCCUAAAAAGCUCGCAAACUUGAUCGAUCUCGUUAACCUUCCUCCCACUCUCAGAGACUUCGUCGGAUUGGAGAAUUUAAACUUCGGCGACUUCAAGUUCGCUUCCGUUCCCAAUCAACCACUCCCUUCCACCUCCGGUUGGGGCAACUUCGUCAACCAUUCCAAUCACAUCAAUGGCACCAUCGUUUCAAAACCCUCUGAUCCAUUUACAGUUUCCCCGGAUCCCCUCGGGAAAACCGCAAACAAAGCUCGCGGAGCUAUUCCGCUUUCAAUCUUCGGCGAGGAAGAAGAUGAUGAACCUGUUUCUGAUUCCAGUUCCAAUGAUUUUUUCUCCAACGGUGGUGGUGCUGUUGUGAAAAAGGGAUCCGAUUCGAAUGGUUCCGUUGGAAUUAGUGAUUUGAUUUCCAAUUUGUAUCAUCAGCAAAACGGAUCAGCUUUGAAAUCCAAUGUCGGCUCUACCAGUCCGAAGAAAUCGAGUGUAAACGAUUUGAAUCAGGAUGAGGACGAAGACGAGGACGAUGGAUGGGAAUUCAAGUCUGCGGAAUGGGAAACUGUAAAUGAAAACUUCAAUGUUAAGGUUGAAACGCCCAAGCAAGGUAACAGUGCAGUUGGAGCUGGUGCUUUGUUAGACUCAUCUGACAAAGUUGGUGAACGGAACCUGGGGUUUGAGUUCAGUCCUAUUUCUGCAUCUCACAACCUACAGCUAAGUCCGAAAGGUGAAUCAAAUGAAAAUGGAGCUGGGUUUACCAUGUUCAAUCAAACUUUUGGGAAGUUGGCAAAUGCACAUUCAUGGCCAGGAUCAAAUCAAACUUUGUCGCUAUCUGGAUCUCCUUCCAAUUUCCAAGUUUACACUGCUUUAUUGAAACCUCAUGAGAGAAUUAUGGCACUCGAUCUUCCCCAUGGUGGGCAUCGUUCACAUGGAUAUCAGACUGACACCAAGAAUAUAUCAGCCGUAUCUAUAUUCUUUGAAACAAUGCCGUACAGAUUGGACGAGAGCACUGGUUAUAUUGAUUAUGACCAGAUGGAGAAAAGUGCAGGAGAUACAGGAUUGAUCAUCGUUGGUGGGAGGAUGGAAAUGCAGCCACAUAUUUUUAUGGAUCCUUUUGAAGAAAUGGGAAUGGGAGCCAGAUUUGUUGAGCAGCAUCGAAGAAGUGCUAGUGAAAAGGAGGCUUCUGAGAACACUGGAACUGUGGUUCGUGUGGGUCUUCCAAAGAAGAACCCUAAAGUUUUGAAACCCGCUUUCACCAUUCCUCCCAAACUGUUACAAUCCCUUGUAGAAGACCCUAAAUGGGAUGAAAAAGGCAGCGUCACACAAAACUACAAUUCCUUCGGCGCCAAGGAAAACAUCAAAGAGAUUCCAUCUUUUCAAAGUAGAAAACUUCUUUUGGCAUGCUCACUUAACUUGAUGGCCUGCUACUUGAAGACAAGGCAGUAUGAUGAAUGCGUAAAAGAAGGUUCUGAGGUUUUGGCGUAUGACGCAAAGAACCUUAAGGCUCUUUAUCGAAGAGGCCAGGCAUAUAAGGAACGAGGCCUCCUACAGGAUGCCGUCACUGAUUUGAGAAAUGCACUUGAAGUGUCUCCUGAUGAUGAUAUAAUUGGAGAGCUUUUACGGGACACCAAGGAACAGUUGAUAAAGGAAGGUGGUCAUUGUGCUCCUGGAAGAUUAGUAAUUGAAGAAAUAACUGAAGAAGUUGAGAAUGUGCCUUCUGGAAACAACAGAAACUCUUCUACCGAACAAACGAUUGAUCAACCAAAAAAGUCUGGCGACUCUUCUAAGAGUUACAAUAUAGCUAACAAUGGAAAUCUAAAAUCAAAUUCAGACAGUAUAGAUACACUGAAGAAAGAUCCAGAAGCCAUCAGAUCAUUCCAAAAUUUUAUUUCCAAAGCUGAUCCUGCCACUCUGGCUUCUUUGAACAUUGGGCAAUCCCAAGACGUGUCUCCAGAUAUGAUUAAAGCGUCCUCGGAUAUGAUCGGCAAGAUGUCACCCGAGGAACUUCAAAAAAUGUUCGACAUGGCGUCUUCAUUUCAAGGGAACAACCCAUUUCUCAGAGGAGGUUCCUCUGAUUCUCCUUUCAACUCUGGAUCAGUUCCUCCCAAUGUGACACCUGAUAUGCUUAAAACAGCAACUGAUAUGAUAAGUAAAAUGCCACCGGAUGACCUUAAGAAGAUGUUUGAAAUGGCAUCCUUAAUGAAAGGGAAAGAAUCUAUUCCAUCAGCAGCAGUUGUAGACAAGAAAGGAAGAAAUUUGUCACAGUCAAACUUCCCAUCCUCAAGCACCACUCGUGCUUUUGGAGAAUCAAGUUCUUCUGACAAUGCGUUUUCAAAUAUUAUAAAUGCUUCAGAGCCAAACUUCCCAUCCUCAAGUACUGAUUUACAAGAACAGAUGAGAAACCAGAUGAAAGAUCCAGCUAUGCGACAGGUAUGUUCAUAA